UCUGAACUACGUGUCAUUCGUGGAGUUUCACUGAUCCUGAACCUCCUGGACUCGUUGGAAUCAGCUGAUCCCGGCUGGAUCUGGUUCUGAGCUGCAGUUUCCCUGCUAAACGGUUGCUUACCAACCAGAAUCAUGAAGGCCAUGAUCCUGGUGGGGGGGUACGGGACCCGGCUGCGACCUCUGACCCUCAGCGUCCCGAAGCCGCUGGUGGACUUCUGCAACAAACCCAUCCUGCUGCACCAGGUGGAGGCGCUGGUCAAGGCCGGGGUGGACCACGUGGUUCUGGCGGUGAGCUACAUGUCAGAGCUGCUGGAGAGAGAAAUGCGAGUCCAGGAGGAGAGACUCGGGAUCCGUAUCACUUUGUCUCAUGAGACGGAGCCUCUGGGAACGGCCGGUCCCCUGGCGCUGGCACGAGACCUGCUGGAUGUGGACAAGGAGCCGUUCUUCGUCCUGAACUCAGACGUCAUCUGUGACUUUCCCUUCAAGGAUCUUCUGCAGUUCCACCGCAACCACGGCAAAGAGGGAACCAUCGUGGUGACUCGGGUGGAGGAGCCCUCUAAGUACGGCGUGGUGGUGUUUGAGUCGGAAGGCGGGAAGAUUCAUCGCUUUGUGGAGAAACCACAGGUCUUUGUCUCCAACAAGAUCAAUGCAGGCAUAUACAUCUUCAAUCCCAGCAUGCUCAGCAGGAUCCAGCUGAGACCAACGUCCAUAGAGAAAGAGAUAUUUCCUGUCAUGGCAGAGGAGGGGCACCUGUACGCCAUGGAGCUCCAAGGUUUCUGGAUGGACAUCGGUCAGCCUAAAGACUUCCUCACAGGGAUGUGUAUGUACCUCCAGUCGCUACGACAACAGGCUCCUGAGAGGCUACACACGGGGCCCGGUUUCCUCGGCAACGUCCUGGUGGACCCGACAGCUAAGAUCGGGGAGAACUGCACCAUCGGGCCGAACGUGAGCAUCGGCGCCGGCGUGGUCGUGGAGGACGGCGUCCGGAUCAAGCGCUGCACGGUGAUGAAGGGGGCGCGGGUCCGAUCGCACUCCUGGCUGGAGAGCUGCAUCGUGGGCUGGAGCUCCUCGGUCGGUCAGUGGGUCCGAAUGGAGAACGUGACGGUGCUGGGCGAGGACGUGAUCGUGAACGACGAGCUCUACCUGAACGGUGCCAACGUCCUGCCGCACAAAUCCAUCAACGAGUCCGUCCCGGAGCCGCGGAUCAUCAUGUAGCUGCCGGCGGGGGGGGGAGGAGAGAGCUCGCCCGCCUUCUUCUUUUUAAUGAACUCAACUGAACGCCCAAGCUGUGCCAGAGAGAGAGAGAGAGGGAGGAACAAACGGGCAGAAGGAAGGAGGAGGAGGAGGGGAAAGGGAACAAAUGAAGGUGUUUUUUUUUUUUUUUUACUCUAUUUAAUUGAUUUUGCCUCCUUUUGUUCGCCCUGCUCGGCUGUAACCUUCCAUCCGUCUGACACGAUGGCGUCAGCAUGAUCAGCUGAUUCAAGUCGUUUCACCGCUUCAGGUGAAACGCUCUCGUCCUGAAAGAGGCAGCUGGUGAACACUGCUUUAAUAGUAAAGGGUGAGGUAG